UUCCGUCCAACGCAUUCCCUCUGCAUCAUCAGUUUGGAGCUAAAACACGCAAAGUUUUCUAAGUUCGCUGUUUGCGACCGAGCCGACAGCCGACAGCCGCCGAACACCGACCAGCCCCGGGAUGAUCCUACUGACGGUGGUGGCCCGUGUCGCGGACGGACUGCCGCUGGCCGCGUCCAUCCAGGAGGACGAGCAGUCAGGAAAAGACCUCCAGCAGUACCAGAACCAGGUGAAGCAGCUCUGCCGCAAACUGAAUGCUCAGAGUCCGGACCGCUGCACUCUGGAGGCCGGAGACAUGAACUUUCACUUUCUAAUAGCCCAGGGUGUGUGCUACCUGUCCCUCUGCGAGGCUUCUUUCCCCAAGAAGAUGGCUUUUGCGUACCUUGAAGAUCUCCACAAUGAGUUCUAUGACCAGUAUGGAAGAAGAGUGCCCACAGUAACGAGGCCAUACUCUUUCAUCGAGUUUGACACGUACAUCCAGAAAAAAAAGAAGUCGUAUGUUGACAGCAGGGCCCGGAGGAACCUGGGCAGCAUCAACACAGAGCUGCAGGAUGUCCAGAGAAUCAUGGUGGCGAAUAUUGAGGAAGUUCUGCAAAGAGGAGAAGCUCUUUCUGCUAUAGAGACAAAAGCCACCAACCUGGCCUCCCUGUCCAAAAAAUACCGCAGCGAUGCAAAGUACCUCAACACCCGCUCCACCUACGCCAAGGUGGCGGCCGUGGCAGUGUUCUUCAUCACGCUCAUCGUCUACGUGCGCUUCUGGUGGCUCUGAAGGACAGUUGGAUUUGACACAAAGGAGGCACUUAUCUUCGAAAAGCAUUUAAUCCUCUUACACUUUUAUUGCAUACCAGGGUGCCUUGAAGGGGUCGUACCGUCCACCAGCGCCAAGGUGGACGCUCUGUCUAUGCUUUGUUCAGCUUUGGGUUACGCUGCCUGUCCGGUAUAAACUGAGGUCUGUUAGACUUCUGUGUGUGUGUGUGUGUGUGUGUGUGUGUGUGUGUGUGUGUGGAAGCAGAUGUUUUAUGGUGAGCUCCUGUUUACUGGAAAGCUUAAGGACAGUAUGUUGACAGACUGACAUGUUGACACGCUGGUACUGAGGGGAAACCAUGUGCAGAAUACUGUGAUAAAGAUGUUUAUUGUUUACAAAGUUUACACAAUUGUAAGAAAGUCUUAAUGAAAAAAAAUUAAAUAUUUAUCAAAUA